AUGACCUUAUCGAGCGAAAAAGUUGCAAUUGCUCUUGUUGGCGGAGGCACCAUCGCGCCUCUCCACGCGCAAUAUCUUCUUUCAUCUUCUACCUGCACUCUGAUAGCCUUAAUCGACCCUUUUCCUCCCGGUCAGGAGCUAGCAUUACAACUCGGAGUGCCUCGUUUCACAUCACUCGAAGAGCUCCUAGCAUCUACUUCUAAAGUUCCCGAUGCGUACAUCAUCUGCGUACCAUCGAGUCUUCACGUCCGGGUGACUGAAGAUAUUCUCAAAAGCUCUUCACCCAAAGCCAUACUCGUGGAGAAGCCCUUCUCUACAGACUCAAAGUCCGGAGGGCAACUUCUCGAGCUUGCUCAGCAGAAGUCUUGUCAGCUUCUUGUUGGUCACCACCGCCGUUUUCACCCGUCUGUUGUGCGUGCCCGUCAGGUCAUUGAAAGAGGUGAAAUCGGGAAAAUUACCGCAAUAUCUGGAUUCUGGACCGCCAAAAAAAAUGAUGGAUAUUUCACUUUUGCUGACUGGCGCUGCUCCCGCUCCGCUGGUGGUGGACCUAUCUGGACAAACUUCGUCCAUGACAUCGAUGUAUUACACUACUUGACAGGUUCAAGGGUAGCUCGAGUUUGGGCAAUUGAGACUAUGGGUCGCCGAUCGCGUACGGAAAUUCGAGGCAAUGACUUUGUGGAAGAAGGAGCAGCAAUUAUGCUCCAAUUUGCCAAUGGUGUGGUUGGUACGUUCAUCGUUAGUGAUAACGUGGCGAGUCCAUUCGGAUGGGAGGCUGCAACAGGCGAUAAUCCACUUUACCCACCAGCACCAGCUCAAGUGGAUUCUUAUCGGAUUUUCGGAACGGAAGGGACAUUAACAGAGCCUGAUGGUACUCUAUGGAAGUACCAUACUGAACAGGCGACAAAACUAGGGAGAGAAGUGGGGUGGAAUGUACCCAUGCAAAGAGAAGAGUUAGAGUCUUCGGAUGAGAUACCAUUCCAGCAACAAGCAGAGCAUCUUGCCAAGGUUGCAAGAGGAGAAGAAAGCCCACGUUGUUCAGGAGAGGAUGGAUUGGAUGCCGUGAGAGUGUGCGAAGCAGUGAUUGCUGCUUUAGAGGCAAAGGAUGGUCUCCCAAUUGAUUUAAAGUAA